AUGUCACCACCAGACAGAUUCCCUCUCAGUUCGGCCAAGUGGCAAUAUGACAACCAGAUUCGCAGUAGCACUCCUCCCACACUGGGCAGCGAGGGUGUUGGAUCAGCAAUGUCAUAUGUGCCGGACGAUCCAGCCUCCAUGGAUGACGGAGUCAGCAGUAAUUUGGCCGUUGAGUUAGUUAAUCUCUUUUUUGAAAAGAUUCAACCUUGGCUCCCACUGCUUCACCGACCGCGAUUUCAGAAGAAGUACAGUGCAAAGCUAUUGGCCAAGGGCAACGUCAUGAAGGGGUUGACCAGCGGCGAAUCUCUACUCAUGUACGGCAUGUUCGCCCUCUCGGCGAGAUUCUCCGAUCAUAGCAGGUUCGAAGGGAUUCCCGACAGCGAUAAGGGAAACGUGUUCGCCGAAAGAGCCACGGAUAUUUACAUUCAAAGUCACCUGGUACAACAGCCCUUACUGCUUCAACUACAAGGCUAUCUCGUACUUGCAUAUAACCAGCACGCCUCAGGUCCCACGACUUUGGGUCGGGUCCUCGUAGGACAGUGUUUGCAAGUCGCUUACGCCCUCGGCUUACAUGAUAUUGACCAUCCGGUCCGAGCAAGGCACCGGCCAGCCGUUGAUCACGUCGACCGGGAAGAGAUGAGACGGGCUUGGUGGCUCCUCUGGGAGCUUGACACCUUUGCGUCUUGUGCAUCGGGCAAACCAUUCUUGAUUGAUCGCCGGAGGAUGUCCGUCAUGCUACCCAUCUCAGACGAGGCUUGGUUUGCCGAGAGGGAGGUUCAUUCGGCAGAGCUGAUCUUGGGCCCCGGCCAGUCGUGGAAGUGUCUCGAAAACAGUCCCAACCAGGACGAAAGAGCUUGGUGCCUGGCCACUGUUCACCUUAUGGCCUCGAACCUCGACCGGUUGCAGCAGCCCAAAGCGCUGGCUAUGGACGAAAAACUGGCCAUGCAGAAUGAGAUUGCCUGCUUCAAGCUUGCCCUGCCCCUGUCGGCGAAUCUCGACUCGGAAGCCCUGAAGUUGACGCCAACCACCAUUUCCAGACAUAACUGGGUUAUUGCUAUACAUCUGAUAUUGAUGACAACGUCAUUCAUGGUAGAUGGCGUGGCUGCGUUCGAGCAUGGCCAGCGGGGUGACCCCAAGACUGCUAUGGCAGUGGCUGUCCGCAAACGCGCCAUCACACUAGGGGGGAUCAUCCGGCUUUGGGAUCCAAGUUGCAUUGUUCUUGCACUACCUUUCCUCAUGUGUGGAAUGAUUCCGGCCCUCGCGAUGCACGAAGACACAGACAGUAUUCAGCCAUUAAUCUCCUCCACAAACGACAUGGCCGUGCUGGUUUUGAAGCGAUUUCGCUCAAAGUGGAAACUGGCUGCCAUUAUGCUGGAAGUUGCGCAACUGCGGAAAAACCCGGACGUGGUAAACAUCGCGAAAGGUCAAUUGUACCAAAGAUACACGAUCUUUUUCCGGCGGCCGCGAACCGAGAAGGGUAUUUUGAAAACCUCGUCCAUCGAGGCUCAAACCCAGUGGCCGGAACAGACAGGCAACAAUCUAAAUGCUUCACAUCAGGCGCACUCACAGCCAGCGCGGGAUUCGCUAGGAAGCAAUCCCGACGACAUUCCCAGCUCUACGCUCAGGCCAGACGCACUCGGACUAGACUGGGCUGGAUGGCCGAACCUGGCCGUCGAUCCACUGGGUUUUCCAGCAAUACAACCUGAUCUUUACGACUUGGGGUUCGACUUUGAGCCGCCAGAUCAAACUCAGAAUCUCGACAGCUCGAACCUCAUGCAGGUCUAG